AAGGAUUGUUUUUUUCUAAUUGGAUCUUUGAGUAUUUAUUGUGCAGGUAAGACAACCGUAGCACGAAUCCUAGGCAAACUACUUCAAUCUGUUGGUGUACUUUCUUCUGAUAGUGUAACCGAAGUGCAAAGAUCGGAUUUGGUAGGAGAAUAUAUUGGACAAACCGGACCAAAGACUAGAAAGAAAAUCGAAGAGGCAAUGGGGGGGACUUUGUUCGUGGAUGAAGCAUACCGUUUAGCACCCGAGCGGAGCGCUGGUCAUACCCAAGACUAUGGUGUGGAGGCAUUGGAAGAGAUAAUGUCUGUUUUGGAAGAUGGAAAUAUUGUGGUCAUUUUUGCUGGCUAUACCGAGCCGAUGAAGCGUGUUUUCUCUUCGAACGAGGGAUUUUGCCGAAGAGUUUCUCACUUUUUCACAUUUGAUGAUUUUACAUGCAAAGAUCUUGCGCAGAUGCUGAAGAUAAAGAUGAGCAAGCAAGAUGAGAAGAGUCGACUGUUCGGAUUUAAGUUGCAUCCCUCGUGUACUUCUGGUGCUAUUCUUGAAUUGAUAGAGAAGAACUCUACUGAGAAGCUGCGGAACAAACUGAAUGGAGGUUUGGUUGAUCAUAUGCUGAACAAUGCUAGAGAGAAUCUUGAUUCGAGGCUGAAUUUGGAUUCGACAGGUGAUGAACUAUUGACAAUCACUCUAAGCGAUUUGGAGGCUGGACUUAAAAUGUUAUCGCGACGAAUGAAUGUGGAGUGAAAGAGAGGAUAAAUGGAGAUGAGAAGUUGGUUUAAUAUAAUUUGUGUGUGAAUGAAAAUGUGUGUUGUGCAAAGAUCAUUGUACAAGUCCAACAUCUAUACUUCCUUUGAGAUGAGUGUCUAGUUUCAAUUUACUUAUGUUUGUAUUAAAUUGAAUUCAUUUAAUCAGUUAUUAAGGAAA